ACUUUGUCGUGAUCGAUGAUUCCUAUUUUUCCUAACAAUCUCCCAUUGUGGCAUCAGUCGAACGGAUAUAACUUGCUGGGCAAACCUAUUCCAGAGGACCCAAGGUAUUGCAGCGCAGGACAUCCCAGACCACCAGCUCCUACGACAACGACAGAGGCACUCCGCAAUUUUAGCUGACCUUCGUUAGAAUACGAAUGGGUGCAGACCAAAACCAUCGAGAAUCAUUUGCCUCCCAUAUCUUCGAUAGUCUUCAAGAGGAAGAGGGUUAUUCAUCGUGAACCCGAAUUACCGUUCGUAGAAAGAAAUGGCAGCGGCGGGGAUAACGCAAGUUGCUCCUCCACUGGUCACUCAUGGUCCUAUGUUCCCCUCCCAGAACGACAUGAAUUCUCCCUUCAUCCUGUCUUCCGAUAAACGACCACCAAACCUACCAUGGCCAAACAUAUCGGAUCAAGCGAAAUGGUCUGUCUCGUCUUACAAGUUUGGCUUUGGAGCGGAAUGUCUACUAGAUGGUGAACCUGACACGUUCUGGCAUUCGGAUGGUCCGCAGCCACACUUCAUAACUAUCGAAUUCUCGCGUAAAGUCGCGAUUCAAAAACUUAGCAUCUACCUAAGUCAUCCUCAAGACGAUUCAUACACACCCUCGACGCUUGCAAUACGUGCUGGUACUGGCCCUAGCGAUCUUCAAGACGUACGGAUUAUUACCCUUGAGAAACCAGAUGGAUGGUUGACAUUUGACGUUUCAUCCGAGCCCAAUGAGAAUGGUGAUGGGCUCAAGCCUGUUUUCGCGUAUGUUCUGCAAGUGAUCAUUGUGGCUAACCAUAUGAAUGGUAAAGACACCCAUGUCAGAGGCUUGAGAGUUCUGGGACCAAUCGAGGAUCCGACAGGAGACGACGACCCAUUCCCUUUCACAACCCCAACGUUCCGAAUGUUUGAGACAGUUCGUUAACUGAUGCCUAGUUUAAAUUUUUUCUGUUUUUAUCCCCUCUCAAUUCUUAUUGCAACAUUUGUACAUUACGAUAAGUACACACAGAGAAUUACAAUCAAAUAUCUAA